AUGCGAAUCCUCGAAAUUGGCGCAGGCACAGGAGCAUUUACAUCAAUUAUUCUGGAAGGCUUGAAAGCCCCGGCAGGUGAAAGGUUUGACAAGUUUCCUGGGGUUACAUUCAAGACGCUCGACAUCACCAAGGAUCCUCUAGAGCAGGGGCUUGGGUGCUUUGAUUUAGUCGUGGCAUCUAACGUUCUCCAUGCGACACCAACACUUCACCAAACACUCCUUAACACUAGAAAGCUUCUCAAACCAGGGGGUUAUCUUUUCCUCCAGGAACUUUGUCCAGAAAUCUCGAUAACCGAUUCGAUCAUGGGCCUUCUUCCGGGAUGGUGGGUUGGGCAUGAUGAUAAUCGCCCAGACAGACCCUACGUACUACCAGAACGGUGGGACAAAGAGCUUCUAGCAGCAGGCUUCAAUGGUGUCGAGGCACUUUCUUACGACAAUGUGAAGCCAUAUCAUCAAACCGCCAAUAUGAUAUCUCGGUCUCCUAUAGCUUCCAUUCCGGAACGCGAGGUGGGAUUUCUUUACAGUGGAGUCAAAGACAUCGAAGCCUGUAUAAUUGAGAAGGCCUUUACGGACGAUGGAUUCAAGAUCACAUGGUUCACUCUUGGGGAGCCCCUCGCUUCCAAUCAGAAUAUCGUCUCUCUGUUGGAUCUAGGAGACUCUCCGUUUCUCGCCGACAUCUCUGAGCAAUCUUUCACAUCACUCCGUAACAUACUAUCAGAAUCAUCGCCCAGCAGCAUUCUCUGGAUCACUCGAGAGGCUCAACUACGGAAUGAUGACCCACGCCGGGGUCUAAUCCUUGGUUUCGCGCGAUCGAUUCGGUUGGAAUUUUCUCUUCGAUUUGCCACCUUCGAGAUACAAACAUUGGAUUCAAAUAUCCUUAAGUCGCUCAUCAAAGUUGAGCAACGAAUGCAGGACGCAAACUCAGAGGAUUCGGAGCCAGAUUAUGAAUAUGCAGUUCGAGGCGAGAACGUUUCUGUUUGCCGGUACUAUCCUCAAGAUAUCACGACGGUUGAUGUGGCAGAGUCGGAAUCCAAUCGAUCCAAGAAACUCAAAAUUGGCACAUGUGGUCUGAUGAAUACCCUUGAAUGGGUGCAAGAAGAUAUUAGCAUACCAGGCCAGGGUGAGGUUCAAGUCGACAUCAAGUACAUUGGUCUCAACUUCAAGGAUAUCAUGAAUGCCAUGGGCUUUGUAGGCCAGAAAGGCGACAUUGGAUAUGAAGCGACCGGCAUAAUCAGGAGCGUUGGUCCCGGCGUACACCACCAGGAUUUCAAGCAGGGAGAUCCUGUUUGUGUUCUCGCCUGCGGUGGUGUGGGACUGGCCGCAAUCCAGAUUUGCCGUAUGGUUGGCGCAGAGGUAUUUGCAACUGUCGGAAGUGAGCUCAAGGCAGAUUAUCUCGUCGAGAAUCAUAGCAUCCCCCGAGAGAAUAUCUUCAACUCGAGAGACUCUGGUUUCAAAGAAAGUACUCUACAGAGAACCGGCGGGAGGGGAGUGGACAUCGUCUUAAACUCCCUCUCUGGAGAACUUCUCCACGCUUCAUGGGAAACCGUUGCAGAAUUUGGUACAAUGAUAGACAUUGGGAAGCGAGACAUGAUGGGUCAUGGGAUGCUUCGUAUGCGCACUUUUCUCGCUAAUCGUUCAUUCUUUGGCGUCGAUCUUGAUGCACUGGGUAUCAAUCGGCCCCUGGAGUUUGUAAGAAUCUUGAAGCAGGCCAUGUCAUACAUCGAAGAAAAGAAAGUUCGGCCAAUUCAUCCCAGGACAAUAUUUGAUGCCGCUGAUGCGCAAGCUGCCUUCAGGCAUAUGCAAACUGGCCAACACAUGGGGAAGAUCAUUAUCAAAAUUCCAGACGACACCUCUCAACUUGCCGCCUUUAAAUAUGAAACCCCACUGUCGCUUUCGCCGGAUGUUUCGUACCUUAUUGUCGGCGGACUUGGAGGCCUGGGCCGAGCUACGUCAAGAUGGAUGGUUGAAGAGGGCGCAAAAAGCCUAGUGUUUCUUUCACGGUCGGUAGAGCUGACUCCGGCACGCAAAAAUUUCAUUGAGGAGCUCCAGAUCAUGGGAUGCACCAUACAUACUGUGGCUGGGAGUGUUGCAAAUGUCGAAGAUGUACAGAAAGCCAUCGAUCUCUGUCCAAAGCCACUUGCUGGCAUCAUCCAACUGGCUAUGACUCUGAGGGACCACACAUUCGCAACUAUGACCCACGAAGCCUGGCAGGAUUCUCUCGCUCCGAAAGUCACCGGAACAUGGAAUCUGUAUCAAGCUACUCGGGAAAGUAAGUUGGAUUUCUGCGUGACGUUUGGCUCGAUUGUCUCCGUAUCUGGAAAUGUUGGACAGAGUAAUUAUGCUGCAGCAAAUUCCUUCCUUGGCUCGUUUACGAAGUAUGCACGAUCAACCGGCUACCCAACCGCUGUUAUUCAACUUGGAGCGAUGGAAGACAUUGGGUUUGUGAGUGAGAGCCCAGAGCUGCUGAAAAGAUGUCGCGAUCUUUCUCUUCAAACACUGAGGGAAAGGGAUCUUAUUCAAGGACUGCAUGUUGCAAUCAGACAGGCACGACUUGUUCGAACGGUCGACGAGCAGCAGAACAUGGGCUCACUCAUCAUUGGAUUACAGCCCAUGUUUGGUAAAAGGCAAAUCUCUGCGUAUAAGAGCGACCGUCGAUUUGCCCUUUAUAAUCGUUCUGACAUGGACCUCGAUCAGAAAGCGCCUUCUGAACUAGGCCGAAUCCAUCAAUUCAUUUCUGAAGUAGCGAGAGACCCUUCUAUAUUGGAUCUUCAAUCCUCGUUGGAUCUGCUCGUUGAAGAGAUUGCUCGCCUGGUGCAUCCAGAAGAAGACCAAGACGAGUCACUUCAAGAAGCCGCGGAAAUUACCAUUGACUCUCUGAUGACAAUUGAGAUUCGAAGUUGGUUACGGAAGACAAUUGGUGCUGACGUCCCCACCUUGCAAAUUACCAAGUCCAGGAACGUGGGAGGGCUCGCGUCGCUCGUGAUCAAAGUUAUGAAGGAGAAGCAUAGCAAGGAGGAGGGUACAACCGAGAAGCAGUAA